AUGCGCGGCUCCAGUGUCACUGUGGAGGAGAGCAGAGCGCCAUGAAGACCGUCAGUGUGUGAGAGCCCUGCUGCCUGAAGAUGAUCCUGCUGCCUGGUCUGUUGUUCAUUCUCUGGGGAGAACCGGGUCGGUGCCUGGAGGAGACCGGAGGCUUCACUUUAGAUGGAGACAUCCGCCACUUCGCCGUGGCCAACACCACGGUCUACAUCGCUACAGAGGAGAGGCUGUACCAGCUGAGCCACGACCUGACCCUGGUCCAGAGUCUGACCCAGAGAGGAGUCUUGACGGGUCCGGGUCAGACCUACGAUGCGAUAUUUUCCCGGGUUGCUGAGUCGGACGACUCCAACGCAACUUUCAGCGUCAACAUUUUAUUGCCGCUGGUGAAGGACGAGGCUCUGAUCAGCUGCGGUGUGGUCGAGUGCGGUUACUGCGAAGUGCUGGACCUGAAGAACAUCUCUCAUGUGCGGUACAGGGAGCGCAUCCAGGUGGGAUCCGGGGGGCGCAGCAGCGCGUCCGUCGGCUUCCUGGUGGAUGUGAAGCAGAGCAGGACCGAGACCUACAUUCUGACUGCCAACCAGCAACAUAAGACCACAACGACCAGCUGCAUAUUAUCACCAGAUGCUGUGAACCUCUAUAACACGAAUAACGAGCAGGAAGGAUAUAUAUUUUCUAAGAGUGGCGAGAAUGGUUCCCCUUCAAUCAAACAAAACGAAGGCAAUGUGGAAUUUGUGGAUGGAUUUCAGAUCAAUUUAACUAUUUAUCUUUUCUCCAACAUUCCCUCAAGUGACAAAAACAACAAAGUCCGUCUCAUUUGGCUCGAAGGUGAAACAAACAAAAGGGAGACUCUCGGGUCUCUGCGGGGAGCGACUCUUAGUAUCUCUGACGGUGAUGAAGACAGCAGACUCGUCGCCUCCGCGGUGAUCCCGGGUGGACCGCCGGUGCUCUGGAGCGGCGUGUUCAGUGUGGACGGAGGACAAACCAACACCCAGCUGGUUCUGUUUGACAUCAGUCCGGAUCUCAGCGGACAGGCCGAUGAUGAUCCAGACUUCUACAGUGUCUCCAAUGAUAAGACAAAACGGAAGUUAAAGACUCUGAAGCCAAAGAUCGUGCUCUUCAAGCAGAACUACAUGACCUCUGUUCUGGCAGUGAGACAGAAGGCCUGGAUGGUUUUCUUCAUCGGGACAGGAGAUGGGCAGCUAAUUAGGCUUGCUGUGGAUCAGAACUAUCACACCACCUGUCCCAGGGUGCUCUACAGGGCCAAUGACGACCGCCGAGUGUUUCCAAAAAUGCUUCUGGAUCAAGUGGAUCUUAAACAUGUGUACGUGCCAUUACAAAAUCAGGUGAAGCGUGUACCCGUGUCCAACUGCAGCACAUACACCAAUGUGCAGGACUAUUGGUCUGCACAGGAUCCAUACUGUGUCUGGUGUGGAUCUAGAAAAAGUUGCACAUUUGAAGAUGACUGCAAAGAUUCAGACUGGAUCUCAAUUCCUGAUGGUUCUCAACCCAAAAUGGUUUCCUACAAAGUAGCAAAGGACAGCACGGGUCAGAUAACACUUAACAUCCAGACACACCUCACUGUGGGCCAGAAGGCACUGUCUAAGUUCGCCUGUGAAUUCUCCGCAAGUUCCAUUGAGCUUUGUAGCACGAGAAGCCCUCCUCCACUGUUCCCACAAUGCACCUGCAUCCUUUCAAUUAGCACACUUCCUGCUGAAGGCCUGCCUGUCACAGUUAAGUUCACACUUGGGACGACAAUAUUGAAGGAACAACUGAAGCUGUCCAACUGCUCUGAGAUUAAGGGACCGCCAACCUCUGUCCUGUGUCGGAAGUGUAUCGAGGCUGGAUGUGGCUGGAGCAAAAGCGGCUGUUCCUGGACAAAUGGAGGAGUGGAGGAUGACAACAUUUGCCAAAUGAAUGAGUCAGGGAUGAACUUUUUUAAACCAGAGAUCUCCUCCAUCACUCCCAGUGUGGUGUCUUUCUACGGCAGAAACCAUGCAGUGCUGUCGGGUUACAACCUCAGUGAUGUGACCAGAGUGAGGAUCCAGGCGGACAUGGACUGCACUCCACAAGAGUCUCCUGUAUGGAACAACGCUGGUGUGACACUGACGUUCCAUAUUCCCAGUACUGAUAAUAAAGGCACAGUCAAAGUAUGUGUUCUCCUCCCAGACGGUAGUUGCCAUGGCAAUGCUAAAAUCACCUACAAGUCAUCCCCAUCCUGCACCAACAUUGUACCAAGCAGCAGCUGGAUCAGUGGGAAGAGGAAGGUCACAGUCAUGGGGUCCCACGUGGAGUUUGUGGAAGGGGUGAUGCACAGCCACGCCCUGCGGGAAGUCAGAGCUCCCAGAAACAUAAACUAUCAGAAUCUUACCUAUGCCACACCUGAAGCUGACAAAAAGAUUUCGACCAGCACUGUGUUUCUGAAAGUGGCCAAUGAAACCUUGGCCUGUUCCACAACGUUAAAGUACUACCCAGACCCCGAGUUCACUAGCUUCACAUCCACAAGGACAGGGGACGAUGUCCGCAUCACCAUACAGAAAAAGGCAGACAAACUGGAGAUGACCCUAGCAGAGUUGUCAGUGUGGGGCGUUGAGGAAGGAAAAGAAUACCCCUGUAUCAUGCAAGACAAAGAAACCAGUAAUGAGAUGGACUUUUUCAUCUGUGAGAUUGAAAGGACACCCAAAGCUAAAUUUCAGCAGUUAAUGAUAAAGUAUGGAGACAAGACUGUAACACUGAAUCUCAGCUCUUCAUUUCAUCUGUACCUGCUUCUUGCCCUUCUGCUGAUACCCUGCAUUAUUAUUGUGGUGCUGAUCGUCUACAGAAGCCAACAGAAGAAGCUCACGGCUACGAUGAACAAGCGUAUGGAAGACCUGGAGCUCGACAUCAGAAAUGACAUUAGACAAGGUUUUGUGGAUUUGCAGACAGAGAAAGCUGAACUGAUGGAAAAUGUUGGAGCAAUUCCUUUCCUGGACUACAAGCACUUUGCCUCCCGAAUCUUUUUUCCAGAGAGUGAAUCUUUGAUGGAAUUGUGUAUCAAAGACAUAAGUCAGGAUGCUGUGAAGGUUCAGCUUGACGAAUGUUGCCAGGGCUUGUCCAGGCUGCUCCAGGAUCAGCUCUUUCUCACAUCUAUGGUGCACGCUCUGGAGGAGCAGAAGAGCUUCACCAUCAAGGACAAGUGUGUAUUGGCUUCAUUACUGACUGUAGCGCUGCACAACAACUUGUCGUACCUGACGGAGGUAAUGGAGACCCUGCUUAGGGCUCUGACUCAGCAGAACAGCAACACUCAGCCCAAACUGCUGCUGCGACGCACCCAGUCCACCGUGGAGAAACUGCUGACCAACUGGAUGUCCAUCUGCCUCUAUGGCUUCCUCAGGGAAAGUGUUGGCCAGCACCUGUUCCUGAUGGUGUGCGCUCUCACGCAGCAGACAGCAAAAGGACCUGUGGACUGUGUGACAGAGAAAGCUCUGUACACACUCAGUGAGGACUGGCUGCUCUGGCAGGCUCAAGACUUCAUCUCCCUGAAGCUGAAGGUGCUGUUUGCAGUGGGCAGUGACGGACAGGUCAGCGAGCCUCUUGAGGUUAACGCUCUCAGCUGUGACUCAGUAGGGCAAGUCAAAGAGAAAAUCCUGUCCACCUUCAAGGCCAAGUUUGGUUUCUCCUACAAUACCCACCUCAGGGAUGUUUGUAUCGAGUAUGAGAAGAAUGGAUCGUUUGUUGCUCUUGAAGAAGUGGAUGCGAGCUCUGAGUUUAUCGGGGCGGUGACCAUGCUCAACACACUCAAGCACUACAAGGUUCCUGAUGGAGCUACAAUCAAAGUGCUUUCGAGGAAAAGUCACCCUCCUCUGAGCCCACAGGGAAGUCUGAAGGACGAUGAGAACUUCUCAGGAAAAUACUUCCACUUGAUUGAUCCUGAUGUAGUCGAGGACCAAAGAAAGAACCCAGAGAGGAAGAAAUUAAAGCUGAAGGAAGUGCACCUCACCAAGCUGCUCUCCACCAAGGUCGCAGUUCAUUCAUUUGUGGAGAACCUGUUCAGAUCUAUCUGGGGGACACCGAACAGCAGAGCCACGCAUGCUGUCAAAUACUUCUUUGACUUCCUAGACACUCAGGCAGAGAACAUGAGGAUCACCGACCCAGAUGUCCUGCACAUCUGGAAGACCAACAGUUUACCUCUGCGCUUCUGGGUCAAUAUCCUGAAGAACCCCCAGUUUGUUUUUGACAUUGAGAAGACUCCACAACUGGAUAGCUGCCUAACUGUCAUCGCUCAGGCCUUCAUGGAUUCCUUCUCCCUCAGCGAGACCCAGCUAGGAAAGCAUGCACCAACCAACAAACUACUCUACGCCAAAGACAUACCCAAGUUUAAACAGGAAGUAAAGGCCUACUACAAGCAGAUCAAAGACCAGUCACCAAUCACAGAGUCCGAAUUCAAUGAAUUCCUGCAGGAAGAGUCAAAGAAACACGAAAACGAGUUCAACGAAGCUGCAGCCCUCAGAGAGCUCUACAAAUUCAUACCGCGAUACUUCACAGAGAUCAAAGACAAGCUGGACCAAAACGGAGCUCCUACUGAGCUGACGGAGCAACUACAUCAUGUUAAAAACUUGUUUGAUGGACUAAAAAGCUGCUCCUGGGACUGAGCUGCCAUCUUUUUACUCUUCCGAAUAACCAUGGGGAGGGGAAAACCUUUUUUCCCCCAAGCAUGGAUCAUCUCCUGCUACAAAGAUGAGGUACUGCCAAACAUGUUGGUUAUUAGCAUUAAAAUAGUCUACUUUUGAAGAUACUGAAGUGAGGCACAAAUCACUUAUCAGUAGAAAAAAAUGAAAGCACUUCGGAACGGUACGUAAUACAACUGUUGAUCGGUCAUGUGUCUGACAAAUGUUCAGUACUGAGAAGGUAUGCCAGAUAUUGAAUCAGAGUCAAAACCACAGAAGUCAGGAGAAAGUUGACUCAUUGUUUUAAUAUAAAUUAAACUCUUUUCAUUACAUCAACAGACUGUAUGUGCUAUGUACAAUUCACAGCUUGUAGUGCCUUUUUAUCAACUAAUCUUUAUAAAAUCUUUUUUCAAAACAAAAA